AUGCAGCUCCGGCGCGGCGAGUUCGGCAAGAAGGGCCAGGUGAAGCACUCGCACCUCACGGACGUGGACACCACCGACAUGUCCGCCGCCUGGGCGCAGAGCUCCAAGGUGGUGCAGAGGCGCGAGCCCAGUCGAGUCGAGUGCGAGUGGAGCCGGUUUUCUUUGUAG